CAGAUUGAAUACUAAAAGAACUCAGUCCUCAUCCAGGUCUCGGUAAAGACGCUUUUAAGUCUUUUCCAAGUCAAUCGAUAGUUGGUCGAGGUUACCUGCGCUGUUUCAUUGAAUUCGGGGAUUUCCCUCUCAAUUACCUGACGCUCACGAUCCUCGCAGUUUUUCAAUAUGUGGUUCUUUCGUGCCACGUUAAUUUCCUUCUUCGUUGGAGUUUGUUUAGCAGCUCCUCAACAAAGUUCUGGUGGAAAUUUGGACACAUUAGUUGACAAUGUGUUCAAUCAGGGAAAAGCUUCUCAACCAGUAGAGAGUAAAGCCGGCGAUAAUACGAAUUUAGACGAAUUAAUUGACAGUGUUUUUAAUCCUAAACAAAGUACAGGAAACACUUCACCGACCACAAUUCUUGGCACGGAUAAUCAAAAAAAUAACAAACCAGAUGACUGCGAAUGCGUUCCGUAUUAUCAAUGUCAAAACAACACAAUCAUAGACAAUGGAAUUGGAAUCAUUGACAUUAGAAUUCAAGGUGUUUGUGACGCAUAUUUGGAUAUUUGUUGCAAAAUUCCCGAUGUUAUAAAGGAUCCAAAAGAUAAAAUUACCCCGCCGCCGACAGUUCGUAAGGGAUGUGGUCAACGUAAUCCAGAAGGUGUUGGAUUUCGGAUAACCGGCUAUAAAGAUAACGAGGCUCAAUUUGGCGAAUUUCCAUGGAUGGUGGCUAUUUUGAGGGAAGAAGAUUUCAGCAAUACUGGUCAGAAAGUCAACUUUUAUCAAUGUGGAGGCGCACUUAUUCAUCGACAAGCUGUUCUUACUGCCGCUCACUGUGUCAAUGGAAAGGAGGCAAGUUCCUUCAAAGUUCGAGCCGGUGAAUGGGACACACAAACGAAAAAUGAGAUUUAUCCCCAUCAAGAUCGUGAAGUCCAGGCUGUCGUUGUCCACGAGGGUUUCCACUCUGGAGCAUUGUACAAUGAUUUUGCUCUCUUGAUUCUAAAAACGCCAGUUGAUCAGGCGGAAAAUGUGGACGUGGUUUGUCUUCCCGAGGAAGGUGACGAAUUCGAUGGAGCACGAUGUUUCGCCAGCGGUUGGGGCAAAGAUGUUUUCGGUAAAGAAGGAAAAUAUCAAGUUAUUUUGAAGAAAGUCGAAUUGCCAAUAGUGCCUCAUAAUACCUGUCAAAAUUCGUUGAGAAACACGAGACUUGGGAAAUAUUUUAAUCUUCAUCAAACUUUCAUCUGCGCUGGCGGAGAGGGAAAAGAUACUUGCAAGGGUGACGGAGGCAGUCCUUUGGUGUGUCCUUUGCUUAGAGAUCCAAGUCGUUACGUACAAGCUGGAAUCGUCGCCUGGGGAAUUGGUUGCGCCGAAAAUAAUGUUCCCGGAGUUUAUGCAAAAAUUGCAUCUGCACGUCAUUGGAUUAAUGAACAAAUUGUUUACUAUAAUUUAGAUCAAUCCGCCUAUCAAUUUCAGCGUUAAAAAAAUUUUACAUUGAAAUUUCAGUUCAUUUUUUUAAUUAUUAAUUUCCAAAAUUAGUAAUUAAAAA